AUGACUCCUGAAGUCGAGCAGGAGCUCGCCCAUACCCUCCUCGUCGAACUUCUAGCAUAUCAAUUCGCCAGUCCAGUACGGUGGAUAGAAACACAGGAUGUCAUUCUCAAAGAUCAGCUCACGGAGCGAAUUGUCGAGAUUGGGCCAGCGGACACAUUGGGCGGUAUGGCCAAGCGAACGUUGGCAUCCAAGUAUGAAGCCUACGAUGCUGCAAAGUCUAUCCAACGGCAGAUUCUGUGCUACAACAAGGAUGCUAAAGAGAUAUACUACGACAUAGACCCUGUGGUUGAAGAGGAGGCACCCCCUGCUGCAGGAGAUGCCGCGGCACCUUCUUCAUCAUCUGCCGUUCCAGCGCCGUCUGCACCUGCUGCGGCCGCUGCUGCACCACCCCCAGCUGCUCCUUCUGGUCCCGCUGCAGCAGUAUCUGAUGUCCCAGUUCAAGCUGUGGAUAUCGUCCGAUCUCUUAUUGCUCAGAAAUUGAAGAAGUCACUGGCAGAGAUCCCUCUUAGCAAAGCCAUCAAGGAUCUUGUUGGAGGCAAGUCUACCCUUCAAAAUGAAAUUCUUGGAGACCUUGGGAAGGAGUUUGGAUCAACACCAGAAAAACCAGAAGAUACACCUUUGGAUGAAUUAGGGGCCUCAAUGCAAGCUACCUUCAAUGGUCAGCUUGGUAAACAUUCCAGCUCACUUGUCGCCCGACUCGUUUCCUCCAAAAUGCCUGGUGGCUUCAACAUGGGUCUAGUCAGAAAGCACCUCGAAACACGGUGGGGACUUGGCUCGGGAAGACAAGACGGUGUGCUGUUGCUUGCAAUUACAAUGGAGCCUGCCUCCAGAUUGGGUUCCGAGGCAGAUGCGAAAGCAUUCCUUGACGAUGUCUCUAAUAAGUAUGCAACGACUGCCGGUAUUACCAUCUCCGCUCCAUCAGCUGGCGGAGACGGAGGUGCAGCCGGAGGCGGGAUGAUGAUGGACCCAGCAGCCAUCGAUGCUCUCACCAAGGACCAAAGAGCGUUAUUCAAGCAGCAAUUGGAGUUGUUCGCAAGAUAUCUAAAAAUGGAUCUUCGAGCGGGCGACAAGGCCUUCGUUGGUUCUCAAGAGUCGCAAAAGGUUCUUCAGGCUCAGCUAGACUUGUGGAAUACUGAACAUGGCGAGUUCUACGCUAACGGCAUCGAGCCAUCGUUCAACUCCCUCAAGGCCAGGAUAUAUGACUCGGACUGGAAUUGGGCCCGUCAAGAUGCACUCUCCAUGUAUUACGAUAUCAUCUUCGGCCGACUGAAAGCCGUCGACCGUGAAAUUGUGAGCCGGUGCAUCCGUAUCAUGAACCGGUCGAAUCCUCUCUUGCUUGACUUCAUGCAAUAUCACAUGGACACUUGUCCUACCGAUCGAGGCGAGACAUACAAAUUAGCCAAGCAGCUUGGUGAGCAACUGAUCGAGAAUUGCAAUGAUGUAAUCAAUGAAGCUCCUGUCUUCAAAGAUGUCGCUGUCCCUACUGGUCCUCAGACCUCAGUUGACGGUCGCGGAAGUCUCAAUUACUCGGAAGUACCCCGCCCAAGCGCAAGAAAGCUUGAGCAUUACGUUCGAGAGAUGUCAGAAGGUGGUAAAAUCUCAGAAUACGGGAACCGAACGAAGGUGCAGAACGAUCUCGCAAGGAUCUACAAGCUAAUCAAGCAACAACAUAAGCUUUCCAAGACCUCACAAUUACAGAUUAAGUCGCUUUACGAGAAUGUCAUUCGGUCGCUCGCAAUGAACGAAGGUCAAAUUAUGCCCGUCGAGAACGGCGCAAAGAUUAACGGCGCGGCCAAAAAGCCAGGCAAGAAUGGCACUCGGCCCACUGUAAAUGGUAUCUUGAAGCAAGGCAAAGUCGAGACUAUUCCUUUCCUUCAUCUCAAGCGAAAGGACGAACAUGGUUGGGAAUACAGCAAGAAGCUCACUGGACUCUAUCUGGACGGCUUAGAGCGAGCUGCCCAGUCCGGCGUUACCUUCCAAGGCAAGAAUGCCUUGAUGACGGGUGCCGGAGCAGGCUCCAUUGGAGCCGAAGUCCUGCAAGGUCUGAUCAGCGGUGGUGCCAAGGUCAUCGUCACUACAAGCAGGUUCUCGCGCCAAGUCACCGAAUACUAUCAAUCAAUGUAUGCUCGAUUCGGCUCACGCGGCUCGCAACUUGUUGUCGUCCCCUUCAAUCAAGGAAGCAAGCAAGAUGUUGAAGCCCUGAUCGAUUACAUUUAUGACACCAAGAAAGGGCUUGGAUGGGAUCUCGACUACGUCGUCCCUUUUGCCGCCAUUCCAGAGAAUGGCCGUGAGAUCGACAGCAUUGACUCGAAAUCCGAGCUUGCCCAUCGCAUCAUGUUGACAAAUCUCCUCCGACUUCUUGGUUGCAUCAAGCUCGAGAAGCAGGCAAGAGGUUUCGAAACGCGACCAGCGCAGGUUGUCUUACCUUUGUCACCCAAUCAUGGUACUUUCGGGAACGACGGUCUGUACUCUGAAUCAAAACUGGCCCUUGAAACUUUGUUCAACCGAUGGCAUGCAGAAAGCUGGGGUAACUUCCUCACCAUCUGCGGUGCAGUCAUUGGCUGGACUCGUGGUACGGGUCUUAUGUCUGGCAAUAACAUCGUGGCAGAAGGUGUUGAGAAGUACGGUGUUCGCACGUUCUCCCAGCAAGAGAUGGCAUUCAAUUUGCUUGGCCUUAUGGCGCCCACAAUCGUCAACCUUUGCCAAAAUGAGCCCGUCUUUGCAGAUCUGAACGGUGGCUUACAGUUCAUCCCAGACCUGAAAAAUGUCAUGACAAGGUUACGAAAGGAGAUCAUGGAUACAAGCGAGGUCAGACAAGCAGUGACGAAGGAGACUGCCAUCGAGAACAAGAUCGUAAAUGGUGAAAACAGCGAGGCUUUGUACAAGAAAGUUACCGUCGAGCCUCGAGCCAACAUCAAGUAUCAAUUUCCGGAACUGCCAGACUGGAAGAAAGAUAUCGAGCCACUGAACGAGAAUCUCAAAGGGAUGGUCGACCUUGACAAAGUCGUCGUUAUUACUGGCUUCUCUGAGGUUGGACCAUGGGGUAACGCACGGACCCGGUGGGAGAUGGAGGCUCAUGGUAAAUUCUCGCUUGAAGGCUGCGUUGAGAUGGCAUGGAUGAUGGGUCUCAUCCGCAACCACAAUGGUCCACUCAAGGGCAAAUCUUACUCCGGCUGGGUCGACGCUAAGACUGGAGAUCCUGUGGAUGAUAAAGACGUCAAAGCGAAAUAUGAGAAGCACGUUCUUGACCACUCUGGUAUCCGCUUGAUUGAGCCUGAGCUGUUCAAUGGCUACAAUCCUAACAAGAAGCAGCUGAUGCAAGAAGUUGUCAUCGAGGAGGACCUUGAUCCCUUUGAAGCCUCGAGAGAACUAGCGGAUGAAUUCAAGCUUGAGCAUGGUGAGAAGGUCGAAAUCUUCGCCAUCGAGUCCGGAGAAUUUACCGUUCGCUUGAAGAAGGGUGCGACUCUUCUCAUUCCCAAGGCUCUCAAAUUCGAUAGGCUCGUAGCGGGCCAAAUACCCACCGGCUGGAACGCAAAGACUUAUGGUAUCCCUGACGACAUCAUUUCACAAGUUGAUCCCGUCACCCUAUACGUGCUCGUCUGCACCGCCGAAGCGUUGAUCUCAUCUGGUGUCACGGAUCCCUACGAGUUCUACAAGUAUGUCCAUAUAUCAGAAGUCGGUAACUGUGUUGGCUCGGGUAUCGGUGGCACUACUGCUCUGCGUGGGAUGUACAAAGACCGUUUCUUGGACAGACCACUUCAGAAGGAUAUCCUGCAAGAAUCCUUCAUCAACACGAUGAGCGCUUGGGUCAAUAUGUUGUUGAUAUCGUCAACUGGUCCUAUUAAGACGCCUGUAGGUGCUUGUGCAACAGCUGUUGAAUCUGUUGAUAUCGGAUACGAGACCAUUGUGGAAGGUAAGGCUAGGAUCUGCCUCGUCGGUGGUUUCGAUGACUUCCAGGAGGAAGGUUCAUACGAAUUCGCCAACAUGAAGGCUACUAGCAAUGCUGAGGAUGAAUUUGCUCACGGCAGAACGCCAAAGGAGAUGUCAAGACCAACGACGACGACACGAAAUGGCUUCAUGGAAUCACAAGGAUGCGGUAUGCAAGUACUCAUGACUGCUCAGCUAGCUCUUGAUAUGGGUGUACCAAUCUAUGGUCUUCUUGGCUUGACUGCCACCGCAACGGACAAGAUUGGCCGCUCAGUUCCAGCUCCCGGGCAAGGUGUGCUCACUACCGCUAGAGAGACACCUUCUAAAUUCCCUUCACCUCUCCUUGACAUCAAAUACAGAAAGCGUCAGCUAGAUUCAAGAAAACAGCAAAUAAAGCAAUGGCAAGAAUCAGAGCUGAUGUACCUGAACGAAGAGGUCGCUGCUAUGAAAUCACAAGGCGGUGACUUCAACGAAGCAGAGUACAUGCAAGAUCGGGCCAGCCAUAUUGACCGGGAAGCGAAGCGACAAGAGAAGGAAGCAAUGUUCAGCCUGGGCAACAACUUCUGGAAGCAAGACUCUAGGAUAGCUCCAAUGAGGGGUGCUCUUGCUACCUGGGGUCUCACCAUCGAUGACGUUGGUGUGGCUUCUUUCCAUGGCACAUCCACAGUCGCCAACGACAAGAACGAGUCUGAUGUGAUCUGCCAACAGAUGAAACAUCUCGGUCGGAAGAAGGGCAAUGCUUUACUCGGUAUCUUCCAGAAAUACCUCACAGGUCAUCCCAAGGGUGCCGCGGGCGCCUGGAUGAUGAAUGGCUGUCUUCAAGUCCUCAACAGCGGUCUUGUCCCAGGUAAUCGCAAUGCUGACAACGUGGAUAAAGUGAUGGAGCAAUUCGACUACAUAGUCUAUCCCUCGCGCUCAAUCCAAACCGACGGUAUCAAAGCCUUCAGCGUCACUUCGUUCGGUUUCGGCCAAAAAGGUGCUCAAGUCAUCGGCAUCCACCCUAAAUACCUCUUCGCUACUCUCGAUCAAGCUCAGUACCAGACUUACAGACAGAAGAACAUCGCAAGGCAGAAGAAGGCAUACCGAUAUUUCCACAACGGCAUGAUCACCAAUACCCUCUUCGUAGCCAAAUCCCACUCUCCAUAUGAUGACGCUCAACAGUCCAAAGUCUUCCUCGACCCCAACUCCCGCGUUAAUUGGGACAAGAAGUCUUCGGAGCUCCGCUAUCCCAUCAACGGCGCACAUAAGUCCACAAAAGCCACGCCAGAGGAGGAACAAACGAAACAGAUGGUCGAGCAUCUGUCGAAAGCUGCAGCCAGCGAAAAUAGCAAAGUUGGUGUCGACGUCGAGAGCAUCAAUGCCAUUAACAUCGACAAUGAGACUUUCAUCGACAGGAAUUUCACGCCGCAAGAGCAAGCCUAUUGCCGCAAGGCUGCUGAUCCGAGAGCGAGUUUUGCGGGGAGGUGGUCGGCUAAGGAGGCGGUUUUCAAGAGUUUGGGUGUGUCGGGUAAAGGCGCUGGAGCUGGUCUGCUUGAUAUUGAGGUCUCGAGUGAUGGGGAGACUGGGGCUCCCGUUGUCAUUCUACACGGCGAUGCUAAAUCCGCAGCUGCGAGCGCGGGAGUGAAGAAAGUGGAUGUCAGUCUCAGCCAUAGCGAGACGCAGGCUAUUGCUGUUGCGGUGUCGAAAUUUUAG